AUGAAUACCGAAAUCGAUAUAAAAUGUGUGAACGAAAUUCGUAUGUUAGCUGCUGAAUUGCCACUUGAAGCAAACAGUGGACAUCAAGGAGCUCCAAUUGGAUGUGCUCCUAUAGCACAUAUAUUAUGGGGAUAUGUAAUGAAUUAUUAUAAUGAGGAUACAGAAUGGAUAAAUAGAGAUAGAUUUGUAUUAUCGAAUGGUCAUACAAGUUCUUUAUUAUAUACAAUGUUAUAUUUAACAGAACAAGGAUUAAAUUUAGAUGAUUUAAAAAAAUUUCGUCAAUUAGGAAGUUUAACACCGGGUCAUCCAGAAAAUUAUAUUACAAAAGGAGUUGAAGUAACAACUGGACCAUUAGGGCAAGGUGCUGCAAAUGCUGUUGGUAUGGCUAUAUGUGCUCAUAAUUUAUCAGAAAAAUAUAAUACUAACGAUUUUGAAAUAUUUAAUAAUUAUAUAUAUGCAUUAUGUGGAGACGGAUGUAUGCAAGAAGGUGUAUUUUGUGAAGCAGCAUCAUUAGCUGGUCAUUUAGGCUUAGGAAGAUUAAUACUAAUUUAUGAUGAUAAUAAAAUUACUAUUGAUGGUAAUACAGAAUUAUCAUUUACUGAAGAUAUUGGAAAAAAAUUUGAAUCUUUUAAUUGGGAAGUUAAAAUAGUAAAAGAUGGAAAUACUGAUUUUGAAAAAAUAUAUAAAGAAAUAGAAGAAUGUAAAAAAAAUUUAAAACAACCAUCAUUAAUUAUUGUUCAAACAUUAUCUGGUUUUGGAACAAAAGUUGAAGGAAGUCAUAAAUCUCAUGGUUUAGCAUUAAAAGAUGAUGAUAUAAAAAAUGCAAAAAAAAAUUUGGGUCUUGAUUCUGAAAAAAAAUUUCAUAUUUCUGAUAAAGUAAAGAAUUUUUAUAAAAAUGUUUUACAAAAAAAUAAAGAAAAUUAUAUGAAAUGGAAAGAAACAUUUGAUAAAUAUAUGUUAAAAUAUCCAGAAAAAGGACAAGAAAUUUUAAGAAGAUUUAAAAAAGAAUUACCUAAUAAUUGGGAAAAUGUUUUACCAAAAUAUACAGUAAGUGAUUCACCUUUAGCAACUAGAAAUUUAUCAGGUAUAGCAUUAAAUUGUAUUAAUAAAAUAUUACCUGAAUUAAUUGGUGGAAGUGCUGAUUUAACAGAAUCUAAUUGUACAGCUUUGAAAGAUGAAAAAGAUAUAACUAAAAAUUCAUUUGCAAAUAAAUAUAUAAGAUAUGGUGUAAGAGAGCAUGGUAUGGUUGCUAUAUCAAAUGGUAUAUAUGCAUAUGGUGGAUUUGAACCAUUUUGUGGAACUUUUUUGAAUUUUUAUACAUAUGCAUUUGGUGCUUUAAGAUUAUCAGCCUUAUCAAAUCAUCAUGUUUUAUGUAUAGCCACACAUGAUUCAAUAGAAUUAGGAGAAGAUGGUCCUACACAUCAACCUAUUGAAGUGUUAGCAUUAUUAAGAGCAACCCCAAAUAUAAAUAUUAUUAGACCAGCAGAUGGAAAUGAAGUAUCAGGCUCUUAUCUUUGUCAUUUUAAAAAUUCCAAAACCCCAACUGUUUUAGCUUUAUGUAGAAACAAAGUACCACAUUUAAAAAAUACAUCAGCAGAAGGUGUAUUAAAAGGUGCUUAUAUAUUAGAAGAUUUUGAAAAUAAUAAUGAUAAACAAAAAGUUAUUUUAAGUGGAUGUGGAUCUGAAUUACAUUUAUGUUUUGAAGCCAAAGAUAUUUUAAAAAGUAAACAUAAUUUAAAUGUUAGAAUUGUAAGUUUUCCAUCAUGGACCAUGUUUAAAAAACAAACGAAAGAAUAUCAAACAUCUAUUAUGAUGCACAAUGAUCCCAAAAUAGUUCGAUUCUAUAUUGAGCCUGCAUCUACUUUUGGAUUUGAUACUUAUUUUAAUACAUAUAUAGGUUUGGAUCAAUUUGGAUAUUCAGCUCCUAAAAAUCAAAUAUGGAAUCAUUUAGGUUUUACAUCUGAUAAUAUCGUUAAGAAGGUUUUGGAUUUUAUUCAAAAUCAACUAAACUGA